AUGCCCGGUCUGCUGCGCAAGUUGGUUAUCUUCGCGGCCGUUGAUGGUCUGAUCCUUCAAUCUCAUGGAAAUGGAGGGCGCUUCGGUGGGAAUAACGAGCCACAGGCUCUGCGGAUUGACUAUAAGACCAACAAGAUCUCGCCGCUAUCGGCGUCUGCAUCGGACACUGCGGGGAGGAACGAGGCUGGGCUAGACGUUUAUGGUCUUGUCGGACUGUUAUCCGUUGCGUCAUACUCGUUUCUCAUCUCGAUAACGCAACGCCAGCAGGUCGCUCAGAUACAGGGCAAGCCGGUCUACACCAUUACAAACGUUGCGAUCAUUCCGCUAUCGUCGCAGACAGACGCCAGUCAGGCAAUCGCCCAGGCGAGGGAAAACGCUCUGCAGGAUGACGCCGGGCAGGGCGAAACAGCCUCCGAGGGCAGCAUCUCCGACACUGAGACGGAUAACGAGGAGACCGACGUUGUCAGCGUACCGGGGUCGCCGACGCAGGAGACCCCUCCGCCCCGAAACCGCAGCGGCAGCAUCGCUGAAGAAGUGAUUGGGAAGCGGCUGCGGUUCGGGCGAUUCGCGGCAAGCUGGCUGUCCAGGAAGACGCUCGGGCUACCUGGGCUGAGCAAUGUCGGCCACGAUACUGCGGAGAUACUGCUCGGGAAAGAGAAUGAUCUAGGGACAGAGCUGCAUUCUCUAUCCGAUGUGCAAAGGACGAUUGCGCCCGAUGCUGUCGCAGAGGAUAGUGCGGAGUCACUUGUAGAGGACGAGAAGCAGCCGCCAUCUGUGAAUUCCUCGGUCGACUUGCUGCCGAAGCUGCUGCGGUAUACGAAACUUAUCUACUCUUCCCAGAACUUCUUUUUCGCAUACGACUACGACCUCACCCGAUCGAUCAGCGCCCAGGAGAUGCGUAAUGGCCAUCUCCCUCUGCAUAGAGUUGUGGAUGAAAUGUACUUCUGGAACAAGAAUCUAAUGAGUCCGUUCAUUGAAAUGGAUGCGCAUAGUUUCAUCCUGCCUCUUAUGCAGGGCUUCGUCGGCCAACGAGAGUUUACUGUGGCUGCUCGGACUGAGAAUCGCCAGUCGGAAACAGAUCAAGCGACUGAGCAGCAUACAGAAGGUCAGAUAUUGGGCGAUAAGCAAGAAGCGCAGGGUAUUGAUGUCGAUGCGGAAAAGCGGAAUUACCUUUUGACCUUGAUAUCUCGACGGUCAAUCAAGCGGCCGGGAUUACGAUAUCUUCGCCGUGGUGUCGACGACGAAGGAAACACGGCCAACACUGUCGAGACGGAGCAGAUUCUCUCGGUUCCCGACUGGGACCCGGCCCAUAAUGUCUAUUCCUACCUUCAGAUCCGUGGGUCCAUCCCUCUCUACUUUUCUCAGUCGCCAUAUGCUUUUAAGCCAGUUCCUGUGCUUCACCACUCAACCGACACGAAUCAACUGGCUUUCGACCGGCAUUUCCGGAAUUUGGCUCGUAGGUACGGGAAGAUCCAGGCGGUCUCUCUCAUCGACAAACAGGCUGGCGAAUUGAAACUCGGCGAGCAGUACGAUAAAUAUGCCCAAGCACUCAACGAAUCCGGAGGUAUCGAAGGUUCCCCCCUUGGUAUGGAGUGGUUUGACUUCCACAACGAAUGCCGCGGAAUGAAAUUCGAGAACGUCAGCCGGCUUGUGAAGCGGCUGGAGCCUGUGCUGGAUGACUACAGGGACACGAUUGUGCAAAAUCACAGCGUCCUUCAAAAUCAGACGGGUAUUGUGCGAACUAAUUGUAUGGACUGUUUGGAUCGCACAGGUGUUGCACAGUGUGCGUUCGGUCAAUGGGCCCUUGAGCGCGAACUCAAGCAUGAGGGUAUCGAUAUCGAUCUGGGCGGCGACUCUUCGACCCAGUGGUUUAACACCCUUUGGGCGGACAACGGAGAUGCCAUAUCGAAACAAUACUCAUCAACGGCCGCGUUGAAAGGUGACUACACGCGGACCCGAAAGCGCGAUUACCGUGGCGCGUUGAACGACUUCGGACUAACGUUGUCUCGAUACUACAACAACAUCGUCAAUGAUUACUUCUCACAAGCGUGUAUCGAUUACCUGCUGGGCAAUGUCUCCACACAGGUAUUCCAGGAAUUUGCGAUGGAAAUGCAGACUGCGGAUCCAGGGAUCUCCGUUCAGAAACUCCGUCAGAACGCGAUCGAUACGAGCUACCGGAUCGUGAUUAGUGACCAGUCAGAGGAUUUCCUUGGGGGGUGGGCCAUGCUGACCCCUCGGCAGCCCAAUACACUCCGAACGCUACCGUUUGAGGAAGCAGUUCUGCUCUUGACUGAUGCUGCUGUCUACAGCUGCCGCUUUGACUGGAAUAUCGACAAGGUGAUCUCAUUCGAGCGCAUCGAUCUGCGCUCGAUAUCGCGUCUCAAUUACGGCACAUACAUUACCUCGAUCUUGACCGAGUCGCAGGCCGAUGAGCAAAGCAAUGUCGGGCUCGUCAUCGAGUAUCGUGAGGGGGGCGAGAACGCCCUGCGCGUCAACACCCGUUCGCUGCGAAGCCAGGUAGACACCACGACUCUGGACAGUAACGCCCAGGCCAGUGGCGAAUGGGACAUGUACUCAUGGUUCCGAGGCAGUAAGCAGUCGACCACGCGAUUUAUUGCCUUCAAGGCGCUUCCACUGUCCAACUCGGUCACGCGGAACAAGGCCGCGGCGAGUGUCACGGUGAGCGAGAUCGACUGGGUUCGUUCGAUCUGCGAAGAGAUUGAGCGCGCGAUGAUGGCCGGCGAUGGACGGCCCUCUGCUGACGGGAAGCCCCCGUCUGUGAUAGAGAACUCAGAGAUCAUCUCACUUGAAGAUGCCAAGAAACGUACUGGAAUCUUGGAGCACCUGGUUUAUGAUAUCAAGAAGUUGGUUUGGGCAUGA